AUGGGAACCAAAGUUCAGAGUCUUCCGGGAAACUACUCAAUGAGAGAUCUUAAUGAGGAAUCCAGCAGUUGUGGCUGGCCCCUAUUCUAUGGAGACAAAGCACUGGCAAAUGGGCAAUAUUAUCAGAACCAUCUUCCAAGUGCCGCUGCAGAUGUAUGUUCCGCAUAUGAUAAGGAUGUUGUGAAACAGAUGAUGCUUGAGCACGAGGCCAUAUUUAAGAAUCAGGUGUUUGAACUUCAUCGUUUAUACAGAAUACAAAGAGAUUUGAUGGAUGAAGUAAAAAUGAAAGAAUUACACAGAAACCAUAGAUCUAUUGGUCAAUCGUUUUCCCCAGGUCCUAGCUUUCCGAUAGCAGGAAGUUCUGCUCGUGAUAGACCAUCUAUUUCAGGCAUUGAGGGAAUUCAUUCUCCUUUUGGUUCUAACAAAGGAAUCAAUAAGCAAACUUGUCUCUUUCCGUCACCAAAUGGGAGUAGUUCAAAAGACGUUGAGAUACUGGGGUCUAGACCCUCAAAGGUGAGGAGAAAAAUGUUUGACCUUCACCUCCCUCCUGAUGAGUACAUUGAUACUGACGAAGGCGAGAAGUUUAGUGAUGAAAAUGCAAGUGGCACAACAAUUCCCGAUAGAAAUUGUAAAAAUGGGAAAGGAGGGGAUGCGAGAGUUUUUUGUGGCAAUGGUGGGAAAACUGGUAGCCAGGAAGACACUUCAAGAUCUGAGCAGUCUUUAAGGAGCAGAAAUGGUUUGGCUGACUUAAAUGAACCGAUUCAAGUGGAAGAAACAAAUGCUGCUGCGUGUAUUCCUCCUCUAAACCAUAGUCCCUAUCUAGGGGCAACUGAAUGCUCUGAUCCAUUUGCCAAACAGAAGUCAAGGUUUUUUGGUUUUUCUACAGAAGAUUUACGCAACUCGCAUUAUGCUCCUUCAAGUAAUGGAUAUUUGAAGAAUGAUGGGAGUGGAAAAGUGUGGAUUUCAUCCAAAGAGACAGGGCAAGCUAAAAGCAGUUCGAAUCCCAUUCCUCAAGUCCUCAAACAAGAGCAAUCAUUUUUUUCAUCCCAAGCAACACAAGAUGCACUUGGUAAAGGCCCCGAACCUACAUCUGAUCAUCUAAAUAAUAGAAGCAAGACUGGUUUAUGGAGGGAAAAGACAGUUGGUGGUUUGGACAUCAGCGAAAGGAAUAAGCAUCCAGAGAAUGUUGUAUCACCGCACAGUCCCGGUCUCUUUGCAUUUGCUCCUUCCUCAGAUUUUGCCAAGUCUUGGUCUCCGUCAUCUUGGCAAAUGGCAAGUAGUAGUCUAAACCAGAAGUUGUUGUCUGUUCAGAUGCCUCCUUCUUCAUUUCUAAAUUCGUCUGGUGCCUUGAAUAGGAGUUCUCAGUCACAUCAAAGCAAUGGGAUUUUGGGAGAUAGUUGGCCUCUGAAUAUCAGUACCAAGCAGAGUGCUGGUUUUCACCGUGAGGCAUCUGUGCAGAAUGGAUUUAACCCCAGGGUUGCUGAACAUUUCAACAAUGGUUCAGCAAACUAUAAUAAAAGUUCAAAUUUAAUUUGCAAUGAAAUGACAUCUGGAAAAGAUAUUAACUUGAAUGUGCGACUUUCAAAUGGUUUAUCCAAUGACUUAGUUACCCAAUCGGGUCUUGGAAUCGUAGAUCGAGAGCAGAAGAAUGGGGAGCAGCUUGCAGUGUUGCCUUGGCUUAGAUCCAAGAUUACAUGUAAGAAUGAGACUCAAAAUGCUGGUAGUGAUAGGCGCUUAACUGCUGGAGGAUUGAGUUUUCUCCAAGUUGCUUCUUCAUCUAACAAGGAUGAAACUCAAAAGGGGUCUAGUGAAAAAUUUAUAAACGGUGUGACUUCAGGUUUGUGUUCAAAUAUUGAGCCGAGUAGGAUAGAAGCCAGUGAUAGCUGUAGUAAAAAGAAAAUACUUGGGGUUCCCAUAUUUGGCGUACCUCUCAUUUCUACUAAGGAGUCACCUUCACUCACUUCUCCAUCAAGCAUAGAACUGGUGGAAAAUAAUCGAAAAAACCGAGGACUUGAUAUUAACUUGCCUUGUGAUGCUGAUGUUCUUGAGGUUGACAUGGACAAACAAGCCGUCACUGAAACUAUUGUUUGUAAGGAAAGACUUUCUAAAGUGGAAGCCAACUCUAGAAAUCAAUUUGACCUGAACAUGAUUAUGAAUGAGGAUGAGGCAUUUGUGACUACUAUUCCAGCCGCUGAUGUAAGAAUGAAGGGGGUAAUAGAUCUUGAAGCCCCUGCUGUUCCUGAGACAGAGGAUGAUGCCAUUCCUGAAGAAAAACAACUUGAAAUUCCUUUAGUAUCACCACCAGGCCCACAAGUCACAGUUGAACAACCACAAGAUGAAUUUAUGAGACUUGCAGCCGAGGCAAUUGUUUCCAUGUCAUCUCUUUGCUGCAAUCAAGUGGAUGAUGUGGUGAGCAGUCCAUCAGAAAGACCAUUGGUGGAUCCACUAAGUUGGUUUGCAGAUGUAGCUUUCUCAUGUGUAGAUGAUAUACAGAGAAAAUUAGAUAAAUCAAAGGGGAAAAAUUGCGAGGGUAAAGGGGAAUCAUCCUCCAAAGAAAUGGAUUACUUUGAGGCCAUGACAUUGCAACUGGAAGAGGUCAAGGAAGAAGACUACAUGCCCAAGCCUCUUGUUCCAGAAAACUUGUUAGUAGAAGAAGCUGGAACAAGUCCCUUACCUACUCGGGCACGAAAGGGGCCAGCAAGGAGAGGGAGGCAGCGGAGGGAUUUCCAAAGGGACAUUCUUCCAGGCCUUACAUCUUUAUCAAGGCAUGAAGUAACAGAAGACCUUCAGACAUUUGGUGGGCUUAUGAAAGCAACAGGUCAUGCAUGGCAUUCAGGAUCAACUAGAAGAAGUUCUUCUAGGAACGGGUGUGGCAGGGGAAGGCGGAGGUCACAGGUUCUGCCAUCUCCCUCUCCACCAGUGGUAACCAUUGAAACAUGUACCCCACUGAUUCAGCAGCUUAACAACGUUGAAGUGGGAUUGGACGAUAGAAGCCUAACAGGUUGGGGCAAGACAACCAGAAGGCCCCGUAGACAGAGGUGCCCGGCAGGUAAUCCUCCAUCGAUUCGAUUAACCUAA